GCGGUCGUGCCGUGCGCUCGCUUGUAACGCGUGCUCGGUAUAAAAUCGAUGUUUAUUUUGACGUGAAUACGAAUAUUGUUUACGCGAUUGUUCGACUUCUUCGGUGUUCGGUUACCGGAGGAGAUAGUGUUGUGUUUGUGUUUUUGAUUUUGACUAGCGUUCGCUUCGCAGUUCACUUAGUGAUUUCUCUGAUAGCUCACUCACCGGUGGGUGCGUGAUAAACUAUACGUGUAUAAAAAUAAGGCGAAUACUCGUCUAGUGUGGGUGUUUUGCAGUACCACGAUGCUGUUUACGGUGACAUAGUGAACGUUGAAUUGACCCUGACCUCUGACAACCAUGUCUGGGCGAUCGGAUUGCAGGAAAUUCGCACCAAACAUCUUCAAUAAGAGCAAAUGCACAAAUUGCUUCCGGCAGAAGGAGGAGCAUAGUGCCGAGGCUUUGGAAUCCAAUCGGGCCAGCCGAAAGAUAUCGAAAUGCGGAUAUCUGUUUGUGGCGCCGGGCUGGGACUUCUCCAAUCCGCUCUACAGGACAAAGAGAUGGCAGCGGAGGUGGUUCGUUUUGUACGACGAUGGAGAAUUGACUUACUCCCUUGACGAACACCCUGACACAGUCCCGCAAGCAAGCGUGGACAUGACGACGGUUCUGGAGGUGAGCGAAGCGGACAGCGUGACGGGCCACCCCCACAGCCUCGCCAUCACGGCCCCGGAGCGUGUCACCUUCGUCAAGGGCACCUGCAGGGAGGAGGCCAGGUGGUGGGCUGACGUGCUGAGCGUAUACCCUAGAAGCAAGGGUCGACACAAACGGAAUGCGACGUUUCCCGGAGGUCAGACGGCGAGCCUUUUGCAGUCCUCAACAACGAGAAAAUACUCCGCAGACGCGUCGACGUUGCGGGACGCUGCGGAGUGCAGUGCGAGGCCGCGGUUCUGCGGAGGCACCACCACGUGGCCGGGGCCGAGGGUGCAGCCGCCGCAGCCGGAAAUCGCCAGCAUGGCUGCCCCCACCAACAUAGACACCAAAGUGUACACCGAUCAGCCAGUGUCUUCCGCGUCUCCACCAACACGCGACAAGAUCAACGGUGAAGAGAAGGCGAGGUCGCGCCGCAGAGAUACCUGGCCUGAACCAGCCACUGCGUCGUCUACUGAUGAGGUCAAUGUAGUUCGGUCUCCACUUCUGCAACAACAACAUCAGCAGUACGAUGAACAGCUACGCGAUAUUGCAGCUUCUCUCACUCGACCUCGAUCCCGCCGAGCCUUACCGCCUACUCUAGAACGACCCACCAGGUUACCCCCGCCGGAUAGACUACCGGCAAGAGGAGCCCCAGACGGUGGACCCCCGCCCGAGGAAGGCAUAACCAGUUCGGCAAGCGAAGGUAGCGAGCCAAACGACGCUGCUGAAGCGACGGAAUCCACUGAAGGCGGCAGAGUAGAAUUACCAGCUGAGAGACUUCUCCAUGCGAGAGCUGGCUGGCUUCAGAGACGAAGUCCCAGUGGAUGGUCGAGACACUGGUUCGUUCUUCGUGGAGCAGCAUUAUUGUACUUCCGAGAUCCUCAUGCAGAACAUCGAGGACUCAUGGAUGGGGUAAUAGACCUAAGCGGAAUUUCUAGGGUAAUAGAAAUGCCAGGUUCUACUAAUGGCUAUGCCUUUGAAACGGAGACUUGGGAUGGCAAACACAUAGUCUUGUCUGCUGUUACAGCAGGUAUAAGAGCCAACUGGGUGUCGGCUAUGCGAAGAACCGCUGGAUUACCUGACACUGGACCACUGUCUCUCAUUUUACGAGAAGAUUCGGUUGAUAAAGUAUCGGAAUCAUCUACUUCUCCAAUCACACCUGUGACACCAAAUACCACAAAAUCGGGACCAUUCUCAUCAGAUGAUGAAUAUAGAACUGCGUCCGAAGGUGGCCGCAGAGACAGUGCAGACUGGGGGGACGUCACUAACCAGCCACCUCCUUCUCCUAUUCUCAAUCGUACACCUAUAUCGCGAGUUAAGGAGAAGGUUCGUGCUAGAGCUUGCCUCCAACCACAAACUAAACCCGAUUUGAAAGUCGAAAAAGACGAAAUUGACUCAACCAAAGAAAAAGAAAACCUCCCCCUAGACGAAGUCGACGAAAACGAAAAGCCAAAUGAACCCAGAAAACGCAGCUAUAUUUCAACCAUAGACAAACAAACGAUCGAAAUCGAAGACUUACGAAAGCAGCUUAAACUAGCAUUAAAUGACGUCAAUUCAGCAGAAUCUGAACUCGCGAGACUACGUAAAUUAAAAUCUGAAGCCGCGACAAGAGAAAAGAAAAUGGAAGAUUUGGUGAUAACAUUGCAAAAGAAGGAAGAGGAACUGACGGUGCGAACAAAAGAAGCAGAAAACUUAGACGCAAUAAAACAGCUGUAUAAUCAAGAUAAAAACAUGUGGGAAACAAAAUUGACAGAGACACAAAACUUUUUAAAAGAAUCGACCGAGCACUGCGAAUUGCUGACGCGGCAACUGACUACAGCACAGGAAGCAAUAAAGCAGCUGCAAAAAGAAUUGAAUGAACUGAAUGAAAAAGUUUUGAGGAGCGUUAGAGAGAACGAGAGCUUAUAUUCAAGAAUAAGAGAACUUGAAAGCAAAGUCGUUGCAGAAUCACCGACCAGAGAAAAAAGAAAAAGCAUUGGAUCACUUAGUGACCUUAGUAGUUUAAACCAAGACUUAAAUAUAGAGUCUUUAGAGAAAAAUAGACUGAUUGAAGAGUACGUAGAAUUAAGAAGCAGAUUUUUAAAGGCUAUUCAUGAAAUUAAGGCUAUGAAAAAAGAACUUCGUGACUCACACAACAUGUACGACGAGCUCGAAGUGACCAACUCUAAGUUAAAGAAUGAAAUGAAACUAAGGGAGCAGUGUAGUAAAUCCGAAAUAGACCUAAUGGCAGCUCGCAUUUUAGAUUUAACUCAGAAACUUACUGCAUCGGAUAAACAAGUACGCACGUUAAAACAUAAAAUUCAAAAAACUGAAUCAAGAGAAAAAAGACGCAGUUUGUCAUUAAAGGGAAGGGAAUCUUUCACGUUAGGCAAAGAAGUUGAAGAGAAGUUAACAGAACUGGAAAACAAAAUUACUCUUUUAGAAACAGGAGACUCAGUGCCUACUAUCAAUUCUCCUUCUAAAAGUGCUUCGCCCGCCAAAGAAAAAGUGUCCAAAACCGAUAGUUCAACGGACGAUAAAAGAACGAAGAGGUUGGCUGCGAGGCUUAGGAGAAAAUCGUUAGACAGUGCUACGAGCUCCGAGCCCAUGAAAAUGUUAGUUCGAUUGAGCUCGCUCGAAACCAAAGUAGCUUCCGCAUUGGAAAUUCGCCGAGAUUUAACUGUAUCUUGUGAAUCACUAAGUCCAACGACAAGGUCUAGCGAGAGCCCAUCGAGUAACGAUAGUCCAGAAAGCUCACAAACGCAGAUAGGUACACAAUCGCAGAGGCAUCUUCUAGAUAGACUUCAAAGCCUAGAAAAUGUGGUGAUUCAUUCGAGAAAUAAAGUAAACGAAUGUUUGUGUCAAAUGAGUGCAAUGCGAGCGGCUAAAUCAAGACGGUCACCAUCUCCUAGCCUGGAAAAGAAAUAUAGCAUCAAGGGAAUGGAAAAAUGUUUAAUGGACGUCAGUAAAAGAUUGCAAGAAUGUUUUGACAAAUGUGUAAUAGAUUCCACCGAGCAAAACUCUGGUGAAGAAAUUGACGACGGCGUCGCGCAGGUCGUCGCGCAGCUCGAGGAGCAGCUGAGGACGAAACUACUGGAGAUAUCUAAAAAGAAGGCGGCGCUCUACGAGGCUGGCGAGCUGACGCAGAGAAAGAGUUUAGAGAUUCUAGCAGAGAAGCUCGCUUACGAGGCGGUGCUCGUGAGCAGGAUACAAGAGGCUCUAGAGUCCUCCGAUGGGAGCAGAUUUUUCGCUAGGUUGAUAAAGUCUGAAAUAAUCGAAACUAGUCAAUUAAUCGAUAACCUUAAGUCUAAGAUUAACGGGGACGGAAAGACGACGUCCGUCACCCAGAGCUCCCUCGACUACCUCGCGAGGAUCCUGUCGCGCAAGAUCGACGCUUCGAGCGGUCGCGAGACCGGCGGCAGGAAAGCCGAGGUGAUCAUUCAGAGCGAAGACCUCGAGGCGCUCGAGGCGUCGCAGAAGGAGGUCGGCGAGGCCGUCGAGAAGUACAAGAGGGAGAAGCUGGGCGAGCUGUGCGCCGCGCUGGCCGGCGAGGCGCUCAGCCACGCCGGCGACAGCGACGCCGAGCGCAGCGGCGCGGAGGCGGCGCGCGUGCGCGAGGCGUGGGCGGCGGCGCGCGACGCGCUGGGCGCCGAGCUGGUGCAGGCCGAGGUGGCGCGCGCGCUGGCCCGCGCCGCGCAGCUGUGUGACGACGGCCUGGACGCCGCGCGCCGCUCGCGCCUGGCGCUCAGCGCGCAGCGCCGCGCCGACCUGGACCUGUGGUGGCAGGCGGCGCACGACCACCUGCGCUGCGAGCUGGACGCCGCCGUGCGCGACAUCGCGGCGCAGUACCGCGAGUGCGCCGCGCGCCCGCCGCGCCGCGCGCCGCCGCUCGACAGCCGCGCGCUACUGGCGCAGCUGGCCGACGUGCUGGCGCGCAAGGCGCUGGUGGACGCGCGCGUGGCCGUGCUGCGCGGCACGUACCGCGCCCGCGACCACGCGCCGCGCCGCGCCGAGGACGCCAUCUCCUCGCUGGAGACCGACCCCGACUGCGAGGCGGAGUUCGUCUUCCUCUUCCAGCACUUCUCGACCGAGUGCCGAGCGCUCUUCUCCAGUGACUGUUCGGGCAACAGUGAAGACUCGAUGAAGAUCGGCGAAAGCCUCGAGCGGGUGGAGGCGGCGGUGGCGGCGGCGCAGCGGCGCCUGGCGCCCGACGAGCCGGCGCCGGACGCGGAGGUGGCGGGCGGGGCGGCGGCGCGGCUGGACGCGCUGCGGCGGCGCGUGGAGGCGCUGCGCUGCCCGCAGUGCGCGCGCCUGCAGGAGGCGCUGGCGCGGCUGACGGCGGAGCGCACGCGCUCCGAGUGCGCGCUGAGCCAGCAGGCGGCGGCGCUGGCGGCGGCGCGGCGCGCGCGCGCUCAGCUGCAGGCGCAGCACGAGCGCGAGCGCGUGGCGCUGCGGGAGCGCGCGCGCACGCUGCAGCGCCGCCUGGCCGCGCUGGACUCCGAGUACUCGGCGCAGCUGGACAGCCUGCGCGCCGCCUACCAGGGCGCCGCGGUGGGAGACGCGCACGGCGACGGGCUGCGCGCGCGCUACCAGCAGGAAAUCGAGCAGCUGCGCGCGCUGUGCGAGAAAGGGCUGCUGGCCAUGGAGAGCUCGCACCGCCGCAUCGUGCGGGAGAUGGAGGACAAACACCGCGCCGAGCGCGACCAGCUGCGGUUGGAAAAGGAGCAGGCGCUAGCAGAAGAGACGCGUGCGACGUUGGCCGCGCUGGAUGCGAUGCGCAAGGCCCACGAGAACGAGGUCCGCCGGGAGGUGGACAAGUUCAAAACGGAGUUCCUGGCACGUGGGGCACCUGAGCUGGGACAACUAAGCUCGAGGCACCAGCAGGAGAUGGAAGAGAUCAAGCGCGAGAUCCUAUCGCUGUCGGAGAAGUACUCGGUGAAGUGCGUUGAGUCGGCGGCCUUGGAGGAAAGGCUGGCGGCCGCCAGCGCGCAACUUGCGCAUGCGCACAACCACAUCAUGCAGCUAGAUGCAAGAAAUAAACAACUCCGGGCGCAUAUAAUGUCGGAAGCGAACGAAAUGAAGUAUUCGGAAGCCUCUACUCUCGCGCAGUUUAUAGAGGACUCCCCUCCGCAUGGGGCGGAGUCGCCGCUGUGGGCUCACCUGCGCCGCCUGGCCGCCGCCUGGCAGGCUUCGGACCCACCAGGGGAAGUCCUCUCGCUCGAGCCCGCUGGAGAGGUCGCGAGCGCCGCCCUCGCCCUUCGCCAGCCCGGAGACCACGCGAAGUCUGCAGAUGUCUCCCGUACAGAAUUGAAAUCGAGUCAGCGCUGUUCGAACAUGCGCGCCGGGCUAUUGGCGGGCGUUGUCGCAGAACGCAAGAAAAUGUUCGAGACGUAAGAGCGAAUACACGGACAAACAAUCACAACUGCUCUACGAGUUCUACUUCGAUUACACCACACGACAUACUAAGGCUGGUCGCACGAUGCGAUUUGCUAUCGCAAGCAAGCGUACGGUAAUUGUCGUACACAUAUACCUCCAGCAAAUCGAUUAUAUUACGCAACUAAAUCGAUAGUUCUGUCACAAAUUUCAUACUAAAGUCGGAAACAUUAGACAUUACGCAGCUCGUUUUGAGUCAUUACCAGUGUUUUCUUAUGUCUAGAAACACUACUAGAAAGCAUUGGGCGAUGAUUCCGAAAAUAGUGUUUCUGAGAACACACAGAUUCGUACGAAAAAACACGUCAAUAGUGCGACUUGCUUAACUAGUACUUAACCUAAAACAAAGGUUACGAAGAAUCGUAUUAAGUAGGUAUAUUGACAUAAACACUGUUUUCACACGUUGCGGUUUUACGAACGUAGAGGUUUUCAUACUCUUAAGAGUAUAAAAGCAUAAGGAUACAAUCGUAUCGUGUAAACGCAGUGAUAUAGCGUUUGCACACUAUGCGAUCCGACAUUGGCGACGAUAUCGGUCGGCGUACAAGUAUAUCGGGUCGCAUAAUGUGAAAGCGAGAUUACGCAACGAGUCACAAGAACGCCCCCCACCACGCUAGCACCUGGCCACUUUGCUUGACGUCAUUGUAUUGUAUACGAGGCGACUCUGUUAUCGCCUUACAUUGACAACCUCUCUGGGCAAUACUAGUGGCGCACUCUUUAUAGAGUGUCUGUUAAUACACUAAAUUAAAGUGUUAAGUAUUGAAUACAUUAACUGGGUUGCCCGUGUACGACGGAUAAAGAGUCGCCGCAACUUGUAUUAUGUAAUCUUGUAAUGAAAUCAUAAAAUAUUAAUAAAAUUAAACACUUUUAUAAAAACUAUAUUAAUAAAAUAUAAUCAAUAUGGCGAUAAAAUAACGAUUUUAGAUUUAAAACUCAUUAAAAGAUGUGAACUUAGUUAACUCAUGUCUAGACUCUGGAUACAGAUUUUUUCAUUACUUGUUAUUAAUAUAUUGAGAACGUGUUUUAAGUCUAAAUAUUUAUAUUUAAGUUAUUAAGCUAAGACAAAUAAGACUUCCUUUUAUGAGAAGUGGCCAGAACUUUUAACUCCCACCCACCACAAAAAAAUGUAUAUAACUUUGUUUGAAUUGUUUUUUUUUUAUUACUUAAUUUUAAUUAACUAUAGAGUGUAUAUUACUUUCGCAAACCUAUCUUUCUUCUGCCUAUUAUUUUUUUAAAGUUAUGCUUCAAAACUUUUUUCAAUGUAAUACUUUAUUGAACUGAAAGGCGUUGCACCUAUAUACAGUUGUUUAAAUUAUGAUCUGUAAAUCGUCCAGAACUCUAUGGAAGCAUAGCUUUAAGGAAUAGACCCAGAAGGUCAUAUAGGUUAUCUAUUUCAUGGACUUACCCCUCAAUUUAGCCGUAGAUUUGGGUAUCAAUUUUGUAAAAUUGUAACAUUGUGUACAUACUCAGGGUCCGCUCUUUUAUAACCAGCUAUUGUUUGCUGUCCAUUUUAUCUUAUAAGGAGUUUGUUACCAAAUAUUUCUUAUUUAUGAGUUUUUUUUGACAUUUCGCGGGUGCCGCGCGAUUUAUCCGGGAGGCUCGGCUGUGUAGUUACAAUGUGGAUUCUUGGAGCUUUAGUUGGACUUGAUAGUUAGAAUUUCAAAUUGGGUUGAAGUUUCUGAACGGUUGCGACUUAUCAUCAUCAUUACAGUUCACUGCUGGACAAAAGGCCUCUCCCAACUGAAGGAUUUGCCAAUAAUCACCACGCUGGUCAGGCGAGUUGGUGAUCGCAGUGAUAGUAGUAGCAGAGAGUACGUUGCUGCCCGCUUUCCGUUAUAUUCCCUUACGCCAAGUACGACAUCCGCGGGAAAAAGAGGGGUGGUGACAACCCUAUUCUGAUCUGCCGUCACGGCACUAGCUGCGACAUGUAACCCCUAUAAAAACGCAUAUGACCCGUCGCAAAGCGUGUGCGGGUAGUUACUAAAUACGGGACAGUUGGAUGUAGUUCUCCACGCGACCGUUAGGUUCGCUGUACAGUUAACUUACAUCGUUGCGAAACGAUUUAGCGUCUAAACAAACAAAUAUUUAUUAUACAGAACUUUUUUAUACUAUACUUAUAAUAUACAACGUGUAAAUGAAAACUGAAGUGUUACUUCACAGGCUUCAGA